AUGGGCAACUGCACAUAUAAGUUUUUUGCUAGUUUUCAGACUACUUCUCGGUGCGAAGGAUUAAAAUCAAUUAUUGCAAAGUAUGACAAUUCAAGGUACAAUCUGGUUGAGUUCAUUCAACACUUAAAUCGAUGUGUCGACCAUAUUCGGUGGAAAGAGGUCCAGGCUAACCUCGCAUCUGUGAAUGGGAGACCCACUAUGCAAACCUGUUUUCAACAGUUAGAGAGGAGUGCUGCCAAUGUUUACACCCUAUCAAUAUUUUAUAUGUUCCAACCAAUCCUUGUACGAGCUGCAUCAAUGAAGGUAAUAAAUAUGAGGCAAACUGGCUCUUAUGUGAUUUACUCUGUCGGUUUGGACCGAACGCCAAAUGAGAUGUGGCAUGUAUUCUGUUGUGACAUUGAGAUGGAAUUCAAUUGUUUAUGUAUGAGAAUGGAAUCAUUUGGAAUACCUUGUGAAUACAUAGUUUGCGUCUUGGUGCAUGAAGAUAUAGAAGAGUUGUCAAGGUCAUUAGUCUUGCCUCAGUGGAACAAGACUGCCAAAGUAGGUUUGCAAAAUACGGUCGGAUUUCAUUGGGAUUCUUUGAUACUAAGUCAAUACGGUUGUUUGAUGGAUUGGUUUAGACAACUAGCCAACUUUGCUUGCCAAGAUAACGAGAGAUUUAUCUAUACACGGGAAAUGGCUAUGAAUUUGUUGAAACAAUUUAAGGAAGAAGAUGCUGCACAAAAAGAGUUGGUUAAUGAUGUAGAUAGUAUAAGAGAUGAUGUGCAAGUGAAUGCUUCUGGAGCUGGGCUUGCAACCAAUGAUCUGGGACAUAGCAUGCCAAGGGACCCAAGAAAAUGUAGGACAAAAGGGGGUGCUGCACAGUCCAAUAAAAGAAAACAUCAAUGUGGACACUGUGGCAUGGAGGGUCACAAUUGA